AUGGUCAUGAUAUGCACUACUGUCUUUCCGCUAUGCUUUGCUUGGGUUCCUCUUUACUGUCUCCACUCUAUCCAUCUGAACUUUGCUAUUCAGCCGGAGAAUCUACUCCUUGCCAGUAAAGCAAAGGGCGCUGCAGUAAAAUUGGCUGAUUUUGGCUUGGCCAUCGAAGUGGGUCAAGACACUGAAGCAUGGUUCGGAUUUGCUGGCACGCCCGGUUACCUCUCUCCGGAAGUGCUGAAGAAGGACCCAUAUGGCAAACCAGUCGAUAUCUGGGCAUGCGGUGAGUUCAGUUCGACAUAG